AUGAACCAUCGAGGAUCAUCAGGCAAUUAUUCAACAAUCGACAGUAACACAACCUCAUUUGAGAUAUCUGAUGAUACGAUAAAAGCUAAUGAAACAUCUAUGAAUAACAACAAUACAUCUUCGAUGCUUAAUGCUACAGAAAUUGAAUCACUUUGUCUUCGAAUGCAUAAUAAUACGGCGUUUAUGGGUGUUCAACCAUUUACACGACUUUUACUUUAUUCAGCAAGUGAAUGUCGCCGAAAUUGUAUUGAUUUGUAUCCGCAAUGUGUCGCAGUGAUGUUUUAUUAUUUGCACGAACGGGACAAAGAUCAUAUUUGUUAUUUAUUCAGCAAAAAUAGCAUUGAUCAUGAUGUUGCUUUAGUAGCAGAGAAACCGAUGAAAAAAUUGGAUAUGAUACGAUCAUUGGAAAUUGUUGCUGAUUGUCAUCAAUUUGAUCCUUUCCCACCGCUUUUCAACAAUUUCACAGCUUCUACCGAUUCAGUAUCAAAGAAGAAACGCGAUGUUGGCUAUGAUAGGCCAAUUGAAGCUACCGGUCCUUGGUCAACAUGGUCCGAAUGUUCGAGACGAUCAGGUAGGCAAGUUCGAUCACAACCUUGCGAAUAUGGUCGUAACAUUCAGCGUAGACGAUGCUCCUCCACCAGUAGUACUUAUCAUCAUGCAUUAGGUUACGGUGUUAAAAUUACCAGUUAUGCUCCCACUGUCGAUAUCACUAUAUCAUAUCCACCGUAUCCAUAUCAGCAUCCUGAUGUCAGUUCUGAUGAAUAUAAGAGAAUAAUGAGCAUACACAGUAAACAAAUGAUAGAUUCAUGUUGCUAUUGGCAAGAAUAUUUUCGUCAAAAAUUCAUAAAUAUGACCAGCGAUCAAAAAAUACAGAUUCAACGACAAUUUGGAAUCAGCGAUCGAUGUCCAACAGUAUGUCCAACUUCUACUCAGCCAAAACUUCAACCACAAGUUUAUGGUCAAGCGCAACCCCAAACACUAGUUUAUGGUCAAGUACCACUCCAACCAACAGUUUAUGGUCAAGCUCAACUCCAACCACCAGUUUAUGGUCAACCGCAACUUCAGGUGCCAAUCGAUGGUCAAGUACCACUCCAACCAACUGUUUAUGGCCAAUUGCAGCCCCAACUACCAGCUUAUGGUCAACCGCAACCUCAGGUACCAAUCGGUGGUCAAAUACCGCUCCAACCACCAGUUUAUGGUCAACCACAACCUCAGGUACCAACCGAUGGUCAAGUAACACCUCAACCACCAGUUUAUGGUCAACCACCGUCUCAGGUACCAAUCAGUGGUCAAGCACCAGUUUAUCCUCAACCGCAACCUCAGGCGCCAAUUCAAGCACCACCUCAAGCACCAAUAAGCGUGUGGUCAAGCUGGUCAGAAUGGUCAUCUUGUUCUGCAACAUGUGGAGUUGGUAUGAUACAGAGAUAUCGUAUUUGUAAUACAGAACAAUGCAUAGGUGAAAAUGUUGAAUGGCGCACAUGUCAUCAAGUUAUCCCCUGCGUAGCAAGCUGGGCUGGUUGGACUUCAUGGAGUAGUUGCAGCGCAACAUGUGGAAUAGGUGAGAGAACACGAUCACGCUACUGUUAUCUUGGUGUGGGUUAUUGUACUGGUCCGGAUCAUGAGAUAACACAAUGUGAAACGGUACCAUGCUCACAAUGGAGUGAAUGGGAAUCAUGGUCACAUUGUUCAGUAACAUGUGGUACUGGCACUAAAAAGCGCGCACGUACUUGUCAUGGCGAUAAUUGCAUUGGAUAUGCUUAUCAAGAAGUUCAAUGUUAUCGUGAUAAAUGUGAGGAAUGGUCAGAAUGGCAAGAAUGGUCAGCUUGUUCAGUAUCAUGCGGAGAAGGAAUUGUCACAAGAGAACGUGUUUGCUUGGGAUGGAAUUGUAUCGGCGAAAGUAUUGAGCAAAAUGUAUGCGUAGAACAAGCGUGUUCAACGUGGCAGAAUUGGGGUGAAUGGUCGACGUGUUCGGCAGAGUGUAAUUAUGGCAUAUCAACACGAAGGCGUUUAUGUGAUGGAAUUUUCUGUCCCGGAAAACGAAUGGAAGUAAUGUCCUGUCAUGCUGGUCAAUGCGCAAUGUGGUCAACAUGGGAAGAAUGGUCCGAAUGCUCGGUAACAUGUGGUAGCGGAAGGCAACAACGGUAUCGUACCUGUAUUGGUGACAAUUGCAUAGGAAAUGCUGAGGAUGUACAGUACUGCGAAACUGGCGUAAGUUGUCCGCAAUGGACAAAAUGGACAGGAUGGUCAAGAUGUAGCCAUGAUUGUGGAAUUGGUGAACGAGUAAGACAUCGAGAAUGUUUAUCUGACGAUAGAUCAGCUGAUAGUUGUGAAGGUAAAAAAACGGAAAGUGCGGUAUGUUUAGAACGAUUGUGUUGUGAAUGGACCUCUUGGACAAGUUGGACACCAUGUAGUCAUCGAUGUGGUACUGGCCGUAGUUCACGAACAAAAAUGUGCCUAAGACUUGGCUAUGAGCAUGAUGAUUCCAGUUGUGCUGGCAAAUGUUAUGGUGAUUCACGUGAGGAUAAGAGUUGUAGUGAACAUAUGCCCUGUGCAACAGUUACUUAUCCAUCAAUAUGUUUUCCUGUAACCGGACUAUAUUAUGCACCAAAUUUAUCUGCUAUUGCUGUUACACCUAGUCCAGGUGGAAUUUGUCCACCUGGUUAUGUUCUUGCACCUAAUGUAACUACUGGCUACAUUCCUACACCUGGUGUAUCUGUAACCGAUUACGUUCCUACAUCUGUUGCACCUACACCCUAUACAUCUGGUUAUGUUCCUUCAUCUGUUACUCCUGGUUACGCUCCUGCAGUAAGUCCUUCUGGUUAUACUUUGGUACCUGGUACAUCAGAUUAUGGUGUUUCACCAAGUACUCCUGACUAUAUUCCUCCAUCAAGUGUUCCUGGCUAUAUUCCUCCAUCAAGUGUUCCUGGCUAUAUUCCACCAUCAAGUGUUCCUGGUUAUAUUCCUCCAUCAAGUGUUCCUGGCUAUAUUCUUCCAGCAAGUGCUCCUGGUUAUAUUCUUCAACCAAGUGCUCCUGGUUACGUUUUACCACCAAGUGCUCCCGGUUAUGCUCCUCUACCAAGUGCUCCCGGUUAUGCUCCUCUAUCAAGUGCUCCUGAGUACCUUCGUAUAUUUCCCAGUUACGCUAUCUCACCAAAUGUCUUAAUCGAGAUCAAAUGUCAUUGGGCUGAAUGGUACCAAUGGUCAACAUGCGAAAAAUCAUGUUAUCACCAUGUUAGACGUCGAUACAGGAGUUGUCUCGGUGAAGCUGAUUGCACAUGUAUCGGUGAUGCACAUGAAGAGAUGAAUUGUUUACUGCCAGCAGAAUGUAGAAAUUAG